AUGGACGAAGCAUCCGUCACAGAGGACUGGACCACAGAGACGCCCACGAAAAGAAGGAUGUCAUACGGCGAGAUGGGCAUGGGCCGAGUCCCCCGUCAGACCAUGGAGGAGCUGAAGACCAUCCUAAGGGAGAGUCCUCUGCUCAGCAUCCGAGGAAGAGAUGAUGGGAAGCCGGGGAGUCCGUACACGUAUCUCCAUGGAGGCAGCAGCAGUGGAAGUGGAGGUGGAGGUGGAGGAGGAGGCGGAGGUGGCAGGCCCGACGGACGCCAGGAUGAUGCCAACCCCAACAGGGCGUUCAGCACCUUCAAACCCCACCAUGAAGCUUCCAGAAGAGGGGGGCCCAGGCCCAGUGAUAGCACGUCUAUUCAGCAGCCACCCAACAUGGAUUCAUCCAGCUCGUUCAGGUCUGAGGCCAACACAAAUAGGCAGCCUGGAGUUCGAGCUCACACACACACGAUCAGCGGCUCCUGGGGAGAGAGUGGAGCUUCUCACACAGGUAACAAAUGAGAAACUCAAGAUCUGUAUGUAGUUCCUGCCAUGGAGCAGAUCAAACUCACCUUAUGUGCUGUGCGGUUUGAGGCCACAGACCUCCACGGGGUGUCCAGGUCCAAGACAGUACCUGUCCGCUUCUUCCAUGAGAAAGCAGUUUAUGGGAUACCGAUGCCGAGAAGCUACUUGGAGCUGACACUCAGUCCAAAGAGCAACGAAGUGGACCACGCCAACACCGCCAACUUCAGCAGUGAUGUCCUCCUGAUCCCUGAUCUGUCCACCUUCAGGGUCCUACCCUGGGCUGAGCAGACAGCACGGGUCAUUUGUGACCCCUGCACAGUGACAGGAAGCCCCCUUCGCACCUCCCCUCGCCUCAUCGCCAAGCAGCUCCUCGGCCAGCUUCAAACCAUGGGAUUCUCUCUGCAUUCGUCUUUUACGUAUGAAUGCUGCGUCCUCGGAGCACCGGACCGGAUCGGGCCAAAGACUCUCAUGUUCCCGGCCACUACCCUGCUCAGUAACCAUGACCUGCCGUUCUUCCAGCAGCUGGUGGACAGCAUGUACUGCAUGGGUGCAGACAUCGACAGCAUCGCCUCUGCCAGCGGCCCCGGACAAAUGGAGAUCAACCUGAGGCCGGAGUUUGGGAUUGCGGCUGCAGACAGCGCCUUCACCUUCCGCACCGGCAUCAAAGAAAUGGCUCGUAAACACAGCUACAUUGCUAGCUUCUUUACUGACGACGGCCUGUACAAUGCUGGCGUGCUCUCUCACAGUUUGUGGGAUGCUAACGGGCGGCGCAGCCUCUUCCACAGUGGUGAGAAAGCAGGCGAGUUGUCUGAGAUUGGUAAGAAAUGGUUGGCUGGGCUCCUGACCCACUCUGCCGCGCUGAGCUGCUUGAUGUCACCGGGCCUGGGCUGCAGAAGCCACAUCGCCAAGACCGUCAAAGACCCCAAACGAGUGCUGUGUGCCACCUGUGGCAGCAACGACAACAGCAGCUCCUUCAACAUCAAGUGUCACGGCGGGAGGGAGACGCACAUCGACAACAAGCUGGGCUCAGCCAUGGCUAACCCGUACAUCGUUCUGGCCGCCACCGUGGCCGCCGGGCUGGACGGCAUCAGACGGAACCUGAAUGUCGACAGCAGUCUGAACAAAGCGCCCAGUCAGCAGAAGGAGUUCGCCAUCCCCGUGAAGCUCGACGACGCUCUGGAGGCGCUGGGAGAUGAUCACGUCAUCCGCAGCGCCCUGGGAGAGCCGUUUGUUCAGUAUUUUAUCGCCAUGAAGAAGUUUGAGAUUGAAACCCAAGAACUGGAUGAUGAGAGGAACAAAUGCCUCGAGUACUUCAUUUAA